AUGAAGAUCACAGCUCACUUUUUUUCAGGUACUAAAGCUGAAGAGUUCAAAAUGAUUUUUUUCCUUCUAUUACUGGUUUCUCAAAUUCCAGUGACAACAGCUUGUUAUCCAGAGGAGUAUGAUUAUGGUGGUAUCUGUUGUUCAUUGUGUUCUCCAGGCAGCAUUGUAAGCCGACACUGCAGCUUAAUGAGGGGUACAUCGUGUAUUCCAUGUGCAGCUGGAGAGUAUAUAGAAUAUCCAAAUAGCCUGGAAAAUUGUUUUAAGUGUAAAGAGUGUGAUCACGAGCUGGGAUUUCAAUUUAAAAAAGCAUGCACUGACACUCACAAUGCAGUAUGUGAGCCCAGGGGCGGGUAUUAUUGCACUCAGAACUGUCUGAUGGCAGUAAAGCACAGAGCAUGCCCACCUGGUCAAGGAGUUAAAGAGAAAGGAACAAAUUUAAAAGAUACAGUGUGUGGGAAAUGUCCUAUUGGGACUUUUUCAAGCAUUAGUUCAUCAACUGAAAAGUGUAAGAACUGGACAGUAUGUGAAACGCUUAACCUUAAACAGGUUAAGCCAGGGAGUGCUAAAGCUGAUGUGAAGUGUGAAGGAAAGAACACCCAGACAGUUAUAGCUUCUGUUGUCGGUGUUAGUCUGGGUCUCAUUGCGAUUCUGGCACUAUUUUUGCUCUGCAAAUAUAAAUCACAUUGCAGGGACAGACAACAGAAUGCUAGUCUGCAAAAUGAGUAUAUCAGGAGAUGA